AUGAGGCGGCGAUUCACGCUCCUCGCGCUCCUCCUCGCGAUCCUCGUCAUCGUCUCAUCGCGCGCGUCCGCGGACGAGACCCACGCGCCAGGAUUGGACGACGCGGACGAUGCGUCGAGCUCACGGGGUGAAAUGGGCGACGGCGCCGUGGCCAUGCAGGCGGAGCUCGACGCCAUGGAGCGCGUCCUCGUCGCCACGCGCGAGAAGCUCCGCGCGCUCGAGGAAUCGAUCGACGCGCAGACCGUGCGACUCCAGGCCAUGCGCGCGCUCUCCGCCAGACCGGGAGUCUCUUGCGACGAGUCCACCGACGCCGCGGAGAGGCUCGCGAGCGCGCUCACGCUGAGCGCGCGGGCGGCGAGGGCCGGCGCACGCGCGGGGGAUUCGCAUCACCGAUCGUCGGACCCGAUGGACGACCUCACGGAUCCCGACGAUUCAACGUCAGCCGGCGCCGACGACUUCGGCGGCCUCGUCAUGUCAUCCGCGGCGCACCUGUACGCCAACGGCGGCCGAGCCGUGGCCAAACGACGCGACCGAUGGCACGAUCACCUCCGCCUCAUCGCCGCGGUCAAGAUCGACGCACCAAUCACCGCGCUCGCCGUCAUGCCGCAGCGGGGCGAGCACGAGUUGUCUCGGUACUUUGCCGUCGGCGACGACGCCGGUUCGGUGCACGUGUUCCGCCCCGACGGGGACCUCGCGUUGGUGCUGACGCCUCCCGCCGCGGUCGUCGGCGUGCCAGUCACGUACAUACACUGCGCGCUGGUGCGUCGCAACGAGACGCUGAUCGUCGCCGGCCACGCGGAUGGCGCAAUCGCGGCGCGCAUCGUCGCCGAGAGCGGUUUCGACCAGAGCGGGCGCUUGGGCGAUGACGCGUCGAACGUCGUGGGCGAUCACCCGCAGACGCUCUCCCUGGCGGGUGACGGGUUCAGCUUCGCGAUGCGGGACGCGACGCCGGCGGCGGCGAGCGCCAGGCCCGCCCGCGCGCGGUCUGCGCGCGGCGGGCCGAACGGGAGAGGAGGCGGGAACGCGGCGGAGCGAGAGCGAAUGGGGUGGCGAGCGCAAGACGCCGACGAGGUGGAGGGUGCCGACGGGGGUGCCGACGGGGGUGCCGACGGGGGUGCCGGCGACGGGGAUGUCGCGCGGUGCGACGGCGACGGGGAUGGCGCGCGGUGCUCGGUCCACGCGUCCUCCGGGGGCGGCGACGAGUCGACCGGGUGGCGCCGAAUCCAAAACCCGAGACGCGUCGUCGCGGCGGAGAUGUUCCGGAUCCGCGACGUCCGGUACGUCGCCGUCGCUGACGCGUCGGGCAAGGUGGCGGUGUUUCGCGUUCCCACCGGCGGUUAUAACGGUUCCGGGGCCCGGGGCACGCACCCUAACCAGUGGAGGCUCCACCUCCACUCCGUGCACCGCUCCGUCGACGGCGUCGUUUCGUUUCGUCAAUCCCCGCACUACGUGGCGUGGGUGGGUUCGAGGGGCGCUGGAGCCGCCGACGUCGCCGCCACCCUCGAGGUGCUCCACAAGCCGUGUCACAACCUCAACGGCACGCACGUUCAGCGCCUGAAGUUCGACGUCGCCGCGAGCGGGCGGUUCGUCGGCGUCGGCGUCGGCGGCGAGCUCCUCACCGGCUUUGUCAACGUCGACGCUAACCGAGCGAUGUGCGUCGUUCGAAGCGUCACCCGUCCUCGCGGGCUCUCGUCGCUGACGCCGGAUGUUUCGUUGGCCGCCAUCAAGGGGUACGCGUUCGCCGCGAACCCCUACGAAGUUUCCGUGCUCAACACCACGGUCGUGGGCAAGAAGCCGCCGAGGGAGGUGACGACGGCGCCGCUGCCGCACCUUGCGGCGGCGUUCGGGCGGCAAUUGGCGACGAACGAGUUGUCGAACGGGCCGGGUUUGGUGGCGAGCAACCGCGGGCGGCUCGUGGUGGUGGCGUUCCCGGACGGGCUGCUGGCGAGUUACGAGAGCGACCUGCCGACGUGGAGACCACCGCCCAUGAACACCAAGCUGUGGUCGCAGCCCGCGUUUGUUGCGGCGAUGGGGCUCAUCGGGCUGUGGCAGUUUUACCGGUCGCGGGGGCACGCCGCGAUGGGAUCGUCGUGGGGCGGGCCGUCGGUGGGCAAGGGCGGCGACGGCGGCGGCUUGGAUCCCAAGCUGCUCGAGCAGCUCAUGGGUGGUAAGGACGGCGUCGGGGGCGUGAGUAAGGGCAUCGGCGUCGGGGGCGGCGGCGGAGGAGGAGGCGGGGGAAGAAAGGUCGCGUCGGGCGACUUUGGCGAGGGCGCCAUGCGACGGCCGGGGUACGCGAACUUCGACCCGGCGGCGUUUCGAGCGGAGAUGAAAAAGUCCGGCAAGUGGUCCUGA